AUGGUUUUAAUCAAAGUAAAGAAUAACGAAGGGAAAACGGUGAACGAAGGGAAGUUCAGACCCUUCUUUUUUGUUCUCUAUGGAGACGUACAAUAUGGAAUGAUCAGGGGAAAUCACGGAUGGCCUGAAGAGCGCAAACUACUUAAAGAAGCAAUCAUCAAAACGAACAAAAUAAAACCACCCUUUGUAAUAACAUUGGGAGAUUUGGCAAAUAAAUUCCCCAUUGAUGAAGUACAAGAUCACCAAUAUAAAGAUUUCAGAAAUGAUUUGGAAAAAUUGGAUAAGUCCAUCGAUAUGUAUGUUUUUUGUGGAAACCAUGAUGUUGGAAAUGAACCAACACACGAGACAAUCGAGAACUUUGAAAAGCUUUGGGGAGACGCAUACUACAGUUAUAUUUACAAUAAUUGUGGAUUCAUCAUUUUAAAUUCUGCUCUUUGUUUUAACGAUACCAAAGUACAAGAUUUGAAAGAGAAACAAUUUUUAUGGCUCGAAGAAACUUUAAAAAAAAUGGUUUCCAAGAAUGUUAAGCAUAAAUUCUUAUUUUUACAUCAUGCCCUUAUGUAUGACCAUAUUGAAGAAGAUGAAAAUAUUGGCCUGAUAUAUAGUGAGAAAUUUCACAACUAUACAGAAAAAAAUAAAUUUCACAUCAAGAAGGAAAACAGAACUAUUAUCUACGACAUGUUAAAAAAAUACAAAGUCAAUCAUGUGUUCUGUGCACAUUUGCAUGCCAAUAGGGAGAACAAUAUUGAUGCAAAUAUAAAACAAAUAACAAUUUCCGCUGUGGGAAUGCAGGCAGGAAAUGAUCAAUCUGGUCUCAUGAUUGUCCAGGUAGCUGAGGAAGGUGUGGAUUAUAAAUACUACCCGUUCGAGUUCGUUCCCAGUUUUAUAAAGGUUUAA